GGAAGGUGGAAGUCUUGGGCGCGGGCUUCCUGGCGCGAUGGAAUUAAUGCAUGUCAUCACCUGGAAGAGUAGAAACUGCAGGCUAGUGAAAGAUGAAGCUCGACAGAGGUUCCGGUUCUGUGGUGACCUCGACUGUCCUGACUGGGUCCUGGCAGAGAUCAGCACACUGGCCAAAAUUUCCUCCGUGAAGCUGAGGCUGCUGUGUAGCCAGGUGCUGAAGGACCUUCUGGGACAGGGGAUUGAUUAUGAGAAGAUCCUGAAGCUCACCGCUGAUGCCAGGUUUGAGUCGGGUGAUGUGAAGGCCACAGUGGCAGUGCUGAGUUUCAUCCUCUCCAGUGCGGCCAAGCACAGCGUGGAUGGCGAGUCCUUGUCCAGUGAACUGCAGCAGCUGGGGCUGCCCAAAGAGCAUGCAGCCAGCCUGUGUCGCUGUUAUGAGGAGAAGCAAAGCUCCCUGCAGGAGCACCUGCGGGCCUGCAGCUUGCGAGUGAAUAGGCUGACAGGCGUGGGCUGGCGGGUGGACUACACCCUGAGUUCUAGCCUGCUGCAGUCCGUGGAAGAGCCCAUGGUGCACCUGCGGCUGGAGGUGGCAGCUGCCUCGGGUGCCCCGGCCCAGCCUGUUACCAUGUCCCUCUCAGCAGACAAGUUCCAGGUCCUCCUGGCAGAACUGAAGCAGGCGCAGACCCUGAUGAGCUCCCUGGGCUGAGAAGAAGAACUCAUGGGGCCCAUGUGGAGCUGCCCUCUGAACUUCUCUUCAGGGGGUGCCCCAGCUCCAGGACCCUAGGGGCCUGGCCUCCUGGAUGUCUUGCUUCCUAGGUUACCACCUGGGAAUUCAGCCUAGGGAUCCUGAACACUCUAGCAGCAUUGUCUUCCCUCCCCUAUGUAAGGCACAUGUCAGUGGCUUUCAUGAGAAGAAAAAUAAACAGAAGUGUAAGAAGUGUAAA